AUGGAGAGCCCUCCCUGCCGGCGAUGUCCUGGCCCGCCCAGCCUGCAGGAGCUGUGGAACUCGUCCGCCCUCAGGAACAUCUCCUACCGCUACCUGGCCGGCCUCCCGCCGCCUCGCACCCGGUUCCUCACAGUGGGGUUAUCAUCUGUGAAGCGGAAGCGAGGGCACUAUCUCCUGGAUACGCUGACGUCCAUCUUUGAGCAGUCAACAAAUGAGGAGCUCAAUGAGAUGGUGGUGGUGGUGCACCUUGCUGACUCAGACAUGGAGUGGAAUGUCAAAGUGGCCAAGGACAUCACCACAAAGUUUCCUCACCACCUUCUUGCGAGCCGCCUGCUUGUUAUCCACGCCCCUCAGGAUUUCUAUCCAGCCCUGGAAGGCCUGAAGAGGAAUUACAAUGAUCCAGAAGAUAGGGUGAAAUUCAGGUCAAAGCAGAAUGUGGACUAUGCUUAUCUCCUUAGUUUUGCAGCAAACCUGUCUACCUACUACCUCAUGAUUGAGGAUGAUGUGCAGUGCUCCAAGUCCUUCUUCACCUCUAUCCGAAGGGUUCUGGCAUCCCGGGAGGGCUCCUAUUGGGUCACUCUGGAGUUCUCCAAGCUGGGCUACAUUGGGAAACUCUACCACUCCAGUGACCUACCCCGUCUUGCCCAGUUCCUCCUCCUGUUUUACCAGGAAAUGCCAUGUGACUGGCUGCUGGUGCAUUUCCGCCUUCUGCUCACCCAGAAGGAAGUGAUCCGCUUUAAGCCAUCCCUCUUCCAGCACGUUGGUCUCUAUUCCUCCUUCCAGGGGACCAUCAAUCAGCUGAAAGAUGAUGAGUUCAAGGUGGAUUUCUUUGACCUGCCAGACAAUCCUCCUGCAACACUGUUCACAGACAUUGCCAUCUUUGAAGAUUACUUGCCCAUCAAGGCCUACAGCACCAUGGAGGGGUACUUCUGGGGAAAAUCCCCCACUGCUGGCAGCCACUUCACCCUUGUGUUCCACCAGCCGGCCCAUAUCUCAUGCAUCUCGAUCCACACAGGCUCCCCAGAGCGCCAGAGUGACUAUCUGCACAUGGGGACUGUAGAGCUGGGCACCCAAUGGCAGAAGAACCUCAAGGCCUGCAUUACAUACACACCCAUUGGCACUUUUAAGAUGGGAAACUUUGAACAGAAAGGCCUGGAGAAUGGCAGGGGCUCCAGUGUGGAGUGUGUACGGAUUCAAGUGACACAGAGCCAAAGUGAAUGGCUGAUCAUCCGCAGUAUCAGCAUCUGGACCAAACCAAACCCCUGAGAGGUCCUCUGCUUCCCCUCUCAGAGGUUACGCAGCCAUGGCAGGGAUUCAUUGCACUAUGUGAGAGCACCUGUGUUGAUAUCAAUUCCUUUUUUUGGCAAAUGAAAUCACUGAGCCCUUCUGGGUCAACUUUUAUGGCUUGGGUUUUCCCAGAUUAUCUUCUGGAUCCUGUUCAAGAGGAAAAUCAGGCAGCUGAUUAUAAUAAUAGAUUUCUUCUUUUGAGGGUAGGUGAAGGUUGCGGGCUUACUGUUGCUGCGAAGGUAAGAGGGUGGUGGCACUGCCCAGGAAAAAGAGCUGGCACCCUGUAGAGGUGUAUAAAGGACAAGAGCCCAGCAGGGAAGGAAGCUGGUUCAGUGGGGGAUGUGGGAGGAUGGUGAUUCAGCAAGGAUGUGGCACAGCAGGGCUCUGGUAGCAAAGCAGGAUGGAGCAUUGGCAAAGUAAAACAGGGAGGUAAUUCAGCACAUUCAGACUCUUAAAGUGCAGGGCACCUCACACCUUUAGGUCCUGAUUGCCAGUGCUCUGUGCUGGAGCCCAGCCUAGCAUGAUCCCAAAGGGCUGAUGGGCCCUCUGAGUCAACAGGCUGUUGUUGCUGUGCAGUUAGGACAUUCAAUAGGCCAGACCUCAGGAUUGAGGUAGACCCUUGGGGCUGUGGAGAGCCUGGGACAAACAGUGGCCUCUGACUCAGAGCAAAUUUAGAGGUGUUUUCUACUGAGAGAUCCUAACCCGGAGAAGGGGACUUCUUGUUGUGAUAGCUUCUGCACAUGGAUGCCUAAGGAAGAGCCCUGGUACAGCAAAGCCUUGAAUUUCCCAAUGUAGAGACUGCGCCAAACCCAAACAUAUGAUGGGCUGGAUUCCUUUAGGCUGCCAAAUUGAGAGGCCUCAAAACUCACACUCAGAUGCUGCGUCACCUCACUUCUCCAUAUUUAUGUUCCUCAAUGCCUAAUGCUCUGCUCCUGGGCACAUAAAGAAGUACCGCUGCUUUCUCAGCCCUAAGCUGCUUGGCUCACACCUGUUUCCCACAAAUGGGAUGUUCCUCUGCCUAUCUCAUAGAAAAUCAUAGAAAAUUAGGAUUGGAAGGGACAUCAGGAGGUCAUCUAGUCCAACCCCCAAUCUUAUCAAAGGGCUGUGAUCUGGUAGGUAUUCUUGGAGCCUGCCUGCCAGAUCAAGAUCCACAUAAAACACAGGGGCAACAACUGCUUUGUUUUUAAAGGAGUUGUCCAAAGAGGAGGCAGAACCCCUGGUCUGCCCAAUAGCUCAGCGGCUAGAGCACUCACAUGGGCUGCUGGAGGUCUGGGUCGAAGUUACUCUUCUGCCUCAGGGGAUUCACACAUGCCUUCAAAUCCUGCUGCUCCAAGAAAUGUUUGUCUUUAUUUUGACGUAAAACAGACUUUGGAUAAAAUGCAGAUGCAAUCCUGAGAGCCCAGACUAGAACCAAGACAUGAUCCCCUCCCCACAACCCUUCUCACUGUCCCUUCAGAGAAAGGGGUGAUCCCUGCUUUGUUGUGGGAAGGGGGGGCCCUCAGGACUGAAUCAGAGCUGGAGGUGCUGCCCAGUACUGCUGAGUAAGGCACCUAAACUGAAGGGACGGGCAAGGUUUGAAAUACACCUGUCCUUACUCCUUUUCUGGGUGGCUCCUCAGUCCUUAGGUUGUUCCUUGCCUGGUGUGUUGGCUUUUGCAGAGGCAUCAAACUGUCCAUAGGCAUUAUACGGGGAGCCUUGGCAUCUAACACAAGGCUGUAGAUUCCACCGUGGGAGGCACCUAAAAGUUAAGUGGUGCAGUGGUCAGUGUUGUGAUGCCUGAGGCCCUUUAUAAAUCCAGGACUAGGUCCCUCCACCAGGAAGAAGUCAUUGAUAUAUCCUGUUUACUCAAAGGGAAAGACUCCAGUCUUAUCACGGUGGUACCCUGCAUUACCCAAAUCUAAUUUUGUGUAUCAUAAAUGUUUCAAAACAGAUCACAGUUUAGAUAGGGGUCUUUUGGGUUUUUUGGGGUAAGUGCACUACUCAGGAUUUGAACCAAAGUUCAGCUACCAAUUAGUAUGCGUGCAGAAUGACCUCCAAGGUCUAUUUUAUGCAUGGUGUUGAAAUGAAAAUCAGGGCUUCUUUUGUAAACUGCAGGGAUAUUUAUUUAUUUUAGACCGUCCUGUUAAGGUACAUGGACAGUCCUAAUUUGGGCGGAGUUUGCAAGGGAGAAAACUAGUGCUGGGCAAUCUGAAGAAUUCUUACUGAAUUAGUCAUGCUUUGGGGAGUAUUCAACAGUUCCGAUUUAGCUUCUUGGUUUGUUUAUUCAGUGUGUUUGAAUGCAAUUUGUAAAUAGUUCCAGUGCUCUGUGCUUUCCUCAAAAGCUGUAAAUUCCAAAGAUUUCAAUUAAAUUAUUUAUAAAUUUGAGGACAGUGUUCAAAAUAUCCAAUGUAGCGGCUUCUCAUUUGUCUCUUCUGUUAUAUAGUUGAAAUCAUUAGCAAGAAAUUUGUUUCAUUU